UUUAGAAGGAGAUGGUUUUUACUUUUUAAGUAAAAGUAAAUAGUCGCUAUGAACAAAACAGAAACUAAGUUUUCAUUAUCACUUACUAUAAAGAGGGAUGAUACGAACGCUUUGGUAUUUUACAAGCAAGAUGGCCAGAGAUUUGACAAUGAUAACACCAUCAAGAUGAAAGUACAAACAUCGUACAAGUUCAUUUUGGCUUUCAAACCACAACAGAAAAUCAACACUGCCUUUUUAAAAGGGGAAGAAUUGGAAAUUGUCGAAGACGAAAAAGAAACGGGGGCUUCUAAAUACAGCCUAAAAUGGAACAGUAACAAUGUUCCAGUAACGAAGAAAAAUAGACGUUUCAACUUCCCAUUAAUUAUGGACGUUCAGAAUGUUGGAACGCUGGAAUUAACACUUCAGUUUAAAUUUUACCCAGCUGAUGAUACGAGUCAUUCUGCGUGGGGCAAAAAUCUGCACUUCAUCGAAUAUGAUUGUUUACACAAACCCGGAAAAUCUUUCGUUGAAAUUUUAUCACAGAUAUAUCGGUGACCAUAGUCAUAAGAAAUGUCAUUCCACUCUUUCUGGUCGAAACCUGAUAUGUUUCUACGAAAUAUUUUCUGCAUUUCUUGAGGAAACAAGAAGCAAAACUUUCUUUCUUGAGCCAUGUUUUUGUAAAAUGAGAAACUUCGUGGCAUCAGCUGAAAUUUAUGAACUUUUCCAAAGCUACGAAAGAAAAGUUCUAGAAAAGUAUAAUGAAUACAUUUCCCGCACUGUUUCUAAUUAAUAUAAUUACCGAAAGGACAAAAUUAACUUAAAAAAGAUGAUGGUUCAAAAUGCAGCAGUGACGAAAAGAGAAGCCGAUAGAAUUUCGUAACAUUGCCAUUUAUAACGUUCUAAUAUAUUUUUAUAUGACAUAAACUUAUGUGCAAUAAUGUCAACAAAGUGAUGUAUGGCACAAGAGACAGUAACCUUCUCUAGAACUUCCUCAAUUUAUUUCACCAAGUGUAAUAUUUCCAGGUGCGAAGGAUAAUUUUAAAACAAAUUGGUGAAAUUAUUAAUGUAAAACUACUAUUCAUUUACUGUUAAAUUAAAGACAUUUACUAC